AUGGCUGUCUCACAGGAGAGAAAUGGAGCCCUCUGCAAAGUGUGUGUAUUCAUUGCGCGGAAUGAAAGCGGUCGCAGAGGCUGCCGAGCGUUCGGCGUGCUCGUGAACUCGCCGCUCGCUACGCUCGCGAGAACCCCCGAAACACCGAGAUGGCAUGAUGCAUCUUGGUGUCACGUCAAGGCCAGUAUCGACGCAGAAAUCUUCCUGAAGAGGUUUGAGGAUACGGAGAAGCUAGACACUGGGAGCUUGGCCGACGAAGGAAGAAGGAAACAAGCUAUCGAGAGUCGAAAAAACCUCUCGUCCAUAGUGAAAACCAUGAUACUCUGUGGAGUACAAGGCUCGCCUCUGAAAGGCCACAGGAAUGAUGGGGAUCCCAGCGAAGAAUCGAGGCGUAAUGACAGAAACAUCAGAGCGUUCUUGAGGUUCCGUGUGGGUGCCGGUCACGUGGUGGUGCGAGAUCAUCUGAGCGGAGCCGGCUCGAACGACCCUUACAUAAGUCCGAAAAUCCAGAACGAAGUGAUGAAGACUACCGGGAAAAUAUUCAGGCAGAAGAUUUGUGCGUAG